AUGCUUUUCAGACUCUCAUCACUUAGGGCUUUUCCCAAGUACAAGCAUCCGCAAAAUGCUGCUUUUAAAGGUGUAUUCACACAACUAAAAUACAAGGCUGGUAUCAAAUCAAAUUAUUCAUACUUUUAUGGAAACAAUUCUCGAAGAUUGUAUACUAGCUAUGUUUACUUUGACGGGAAAAGCACGGGUCCAAGGUUUCCGUUUAAUGCCUGGUAUUCCAGUAGAUAUUUCACUAUUGGUGCAGCUGUUCUUUUAUUUAUUGGUUUCACACAUAUUGAAAAGGCGCCAGUGACCAAAAGAAAACGUUUAAUGUUAUGUCCACAAUGGCUAGAAAAUAAAGUGGGACAAAUGUCAUAUAAGUCAAUCAUGGCGGAAUAUGGAAAUUAUGUCCUUCCUGACAAUAGUCUUACUUCAAUAAAGGUGAAAAACGUUAUGAAAAGGUUGAUAUAUGCUGCGCAGCAUUAUCAUGACCCAGAGACAGGAGAAGAACAAAAUCUAUUUGAAGACAUGCACACUAAAAGUAUUCCAGUCACUGACUGGAAGAUACAUGUUAUUGAUGAUGUUGCAAUGAGACGCGAGACACCUAAUGCGUUCGUUAUUGGAGACGGUAAGGUUUUCGUUUUCAGGUCAAUUCUACCAUUAUGUGCUAAUGAUGAUGGUUUGGCCACUGUCCUAUCUCAUGAAUUAGGUCAUCAACUUGCACACCACAUUGGAGAAAAAAUAACAAAAUCACCGUUUUACAUUACCUUGAAUUUAAUUUCAUACUCUAUGUUUGGUUCUAACAAUCUUGGAAGCUUGAUUGUUAGUUUAGGACUAGAAAGACCAUCUUCAAGGGAGAUGGAAACUGAGGCAGACUAUAUUGGCUUGAUGGUUAUGUCAUCUGCUUGCUUUAACCCCAAAAAGGCGCCAGGCUUCUGGUCCAGAAUGAUCGAUUUUGAAAAACAGAAUGGAGGUUCGGUUCCUGAGUUCAUUAGCACGCAUCCAUCAUCUACCAGAAGAAUUCGGAAUCUUACCUCAUGGAUGUCGAAAGCAGAGCAGCAGAAUGAGAUGGCUGGUUGUGGAAACUUAUUCCAAAGAUUCAACACUAUGUCUUUCAUUUGA